AUGUCGGACACCCUCAUCAUCAAGUCCAUCUCGUCCCACGACGUGUCACUCAAGGAAUGGAUACAGGUGCAGGAGAAGACGUUUCUGCGCUGGAUCAAUUCCAAGCUCCAGAGCCACAACCACGCUCCUCUACUUUCUCUCUCCGAUCUUGGUUCCGGCGUCGAUCUGUACCAUCUGCUCAAAUGUCUUGAUCCCGACUUCGACCUCCUUCCCAUCUACCAGCGGCCAAACCUCAAGUUCCAGAAGAUGGAGAACGUCAGUCGCAUACUGGACUAUCUCAAGCACCGUCAGGGCCUCCAGAUACACAAUAUCGGCGCCGAGGACAUCGUGGACGGCAACUCCAAGCUCACGCUCGGGCUGAUCUGGCUGCUUCUGCUCAACUACACCGUUUUUGACAGCUCUGACGAGGCCGACGCGUUCAGCAAAAAGGAGCUUCUGCUGCGAUGGUGCAAAAAAGUGACGAGCUCACCUGCUGGACUACCAGCACGCCGCGAAAAUGACAAACCUGGACAGACUGGAGCUGGCCAUGGCGGUGGCAGAGUCCGUGGGGAUCUCGCGGCUGCUGGACCCGGAAAACGUCGACUGCGCGAAACCGGACGAGAAGAGCAUCGUCGCGUACGUGAGUCUGUUCUACGACCGCUUCAGCAAGGAGCCCGUGAGAGACGCUGUCGGCACCAAGACGCGACUCGAGACGUUUCUCGGCGUGGUGACCGAGAUCACAGGGCUCAAAACCGAGUAUCUAGAGAGCCUGGCGCGGCUGAUCGAGAGCAUGCGGGAGAUGCUGGACGCGAUGCAGCGGCUGGGCGACGACGUGGCGGCGAAGCAGGCGUUUCUGAAGACGUUCAGGGCUGGCAAGAAGCUGCGCUUCCUGGAGCAGUACUCGAAGCUGGAGUCGAUGCGCAGCAAGAUCAACUUGAUGCUGGUGGAGUUCCACUCGAGCCGGCUGUCGGAGCCGCAGGGCCGCGCGUUGCAGGACGCGCUGGAGCUGCUCAAGAAGGUUGUUGCGCAGGAGCAGGCGCUGAGCAGCGACGUGGCUGCGCAGCUGGCGCAGCUGAAAGAGGCCUCUUUCCGCAAGCUGCGCCACCUCAGCCACGACGUGAGCGCGGGGCUUGA